CCAACGUUCACAGCCAAUGCCCGAUCAACAACCCCAUCAUGAUGGUAUCCUCAUGUCAGUGACCGGAACGUAUAGCACAGGUUAGCUGAAAAGUGGAGAAUGCUACAUAAGUCGUGUUUUCUGCGCCUGCGUUUGCUGUCGUGGUUCUCCCGUUUCCUCGUCCUAAUACACUUUUCGGUUCUUCCGUCUUGUGAUUCUUUCUUUAAACUUAUAGGUGCAGGCCAUCUUCCUUUAGGACAUCAUCUAUAGACUGUAUACCAGUCACGGUCAUGAUCUUCUGGAUUUCGUUCUCCAAUGUUCUUCAUUUCACUCGUCAUGAGAGAAGAGGGCAUCUCAUUCCAGAGGGUUUCGUCCUCGAAACCCCUCCAGAGCGCAAACCUACGCCACUCCAGUUUACGCCGGAGUCUCCAACAUUCUACUCAAUACCUCCCAUCAUCCCCCAAUCACCAAUGCUCCCGCCCGCGUCUCUCGGCCUGGAUACAACCUUGGGGCCUGUCAUUCUGAUAGGAAAUGAUAGCACGGAAACCCUCGUCAACGUUAUUACACAGCCCGUGUUUCCAACGCCUAUUCUACAACACCACCCGCGCACUCACGAGACUUUGCCAACACGACGCAUCUCGUUCGCAGUUUGUGCCACACCAGAGCGUUCUGUGAAGCCCCCCAGUGUAAUUGAUGUGGAUCAGGUACCGUGCAAGCCCUGCGCGGCUGCGGGGGAAACAUCUGAGCAAGGAGAAUAUUUCAAGGAGAACGUACCUGAGGUGGAAAAAAUAUCAAGGAGGAAGAGCAUCGCGCGAGCUUUGUCCUUGCGUGGGUCGCGUACAUCUCGCACAAAGGCACACCGCUUCUCGGUCCCUGUCUUUACCUCGCUGACGGAUGCCCUGAGUAAACGGGCAAGCAAGAGGCUAUAGACCGCCCAAUCCAGGGGGUCGGAAGGGCAAAAGGACGCGGAUGCCACGAUAACUCUGGAAAUGAAUCUAUGCAAACCCGAGAGUGAGGCGCUGAGGGACAUCGAAUGAGGGCAUGGCACUGAUGUUUAUAUGUUGUUUGGCAUUACACAUGCAUUCAAUCACCGCUAUCCUAUGGUAUCUGUAAUUCUGGCUUAGCCUUAAUUAAUACUUAGACCUAUGCAU